GUAGGAAAUUGUGAGGAUUCAACCAGGAAGUGACGGACUUACUGUGCACUGAGGAAUACACAUUUUUGGGCUCUUUAAUCGUUUUCUAUCGUUAUUAUAAAAUAUAUGAGUGAAGAUGUCUUCGGAUUUCGAAACUUACGAGCAGGACUUUAGCACGUUGACGGCAGAAAUUACUAAUAAGAUCGGGAAAGUCCCCAAACUGGGAGGAGAAGAAAAGAAACAAAUGGUUCUAAAUGUCGAGAAACAGCUUGAAGAAGCAAGGGAGUUGCUGGAGCAGAUGGACCUUGAGGUGCGAGAGAUCCCUGUCCAGAGCCGAGGCAUGUACAACAGCAGGCUGAAGAGCUACAAGCAGGAGCUCGACAAACUGGAGAAGGAUUUCAAAAGGUCACGCAUCGCCUACAGUGACGAGGUGCGGAAUGAGCUCCUGGGGGAUGAUGGGAAUUCCUCCGAGAGUCAGUUGAUAAAGUUACGUGAAGAGAGAGCACAUCUGCUGGAUAACACAGAGAGGUUGGAAAGGUCAUCGCGAAGACUAGAAGCUGGGUACCAGAUAGCUGUGGAAACCGAGCAAGUUGGCCAGGAAAUUUUAGAAAAUCUCCACCUUGACAGAGAAAAAAUACAGAGAUCCAGAGACCGGCUUCGUGAAACAGAUGCAAAUCUGGGGAAGAGCUCUCGAAUCCUGACAGGAAUGUUGCGCAGAAUCAUCCAAAAUCGUGUCCUGAUGUUUGUUCUGGGGGCUAUCAUCCUUUUCACCAUCGUGCUGGCUAUUUAUUUUUCUGUCAGAGGACACUGAUUCGUCUCAAAUCCCAGUGUGAUUAAUAGCGACAAAGCAUUCGUUCGGAGUAAUUAGGACAAAUUGGUCACAUGAAUCAUUCUUUUGCACUGACAGAACUCUUUCCUCCUAAGCACACAUUGACUCAGGUGCAAGUGCAGUUAAGGAAAUGUUGUAGUUUUUAUCAUUGCAUGGAAUCCUUUUUACCGAAAGAAUUGCUGUGGUGGUUGAAGGCCUGAGAAAUUUUGAAAGGUACAGAGUGAUCAGUGAACAGUGGAACCUGUCUAUGGUUUUGUGGAUUGUAUUUGUGACUAGUGUGUACGUUUCAAUUCUUCCAGUUUUUUUGUCUGUGUGUGUUCGAAAUAAGAAUAAUAUUGUAGUACCCAGUCUAAAUUGCACAUAGAAAAUUUAGAUAAGACGACUUCAAAUAAUGCACCAUUUUGGUGGGUUUCAUCAUGUACAAUAUUAAUGUCAGCACCCAUGUACUUUAUGAACACCAUCAAACUUAAUGCAACGGUUUCAUGCACUUCUCAGUAUACAGACAUUUUAGUGUGAUCUGAAAUUGUAAGCAGUUUAGCCCAAACAAAGGUCAGUGUAAUUAAGAAAGAAUGUUUCCCCUCAGAUAUAGCCUGAUUGCCUUGCUAGUAAAUAAGCUAUUAAUGAAUGAAUUGUCUGUUUCCCAUGAUUACCAUGUUUUUAAUUAGGUAAGAAAAACAACUAUGUGUAGUGUUCUUUUUAGGUGAGAGGUUUUUCCAUUUAAAAAACUGUGACCAUGUACCAGCAUUUAGCUACUGUAUGUGUAUGUGUGUUCCAACAGACAAAACAAAACUGCUGACUUGGUUAUUUAAUAAGGAUGGAAAGAACUAAAUGAUAAAUGUGGCCUGAUAAUCCUACUCACUCUUCAAAGUGUUGUUUAAAGACAGAUAUAAACGUACAUUUGGUGGAGAAAGUCAGAGACCUAACUGAUAUUUAUUAGGAGGAAUUAAAUACAGUACAGCUGUAACAGGACCAAAUUGUAACUAUCCUGUGUGUAAAAUAGAGAGGAGUGUAUUAACAUAUUUUAUUAUCAUGCCUGCAAACGUGACUCCAUUUUCCUGUCAAUUAGUGUGUCAUCAUUGUUCUUCUCUCCCUGCAGUUUCAUUCAUUUCCUUUUAUUUCUGAUGCUUGAUGUUAACAUAUUUGUUUAACCUGCUGUCUAGAGGCAGCAGCCUGUAUGUAGAAGGGUAUCGUUCAGAAUAUACUUCUGCUGAUCAAAUCCCCUUUUCUGUCUUCAAGCCAAGAAAGCAGACUUAGUAGGGGGUGUACCAAAUUAUGAAAUCUUGCAGUUGAAUAAAAAGUUAUUAAGAUUUUAAACACUUAAUAACAGAAUUGUGUGCAUAUGUAAAGAGGUUGCAAAGGAUGUAAAGAAAAUGCUAUCAGGCUGACGUCAGCUGUAAAAAGGCCAUUUGGUAUUCUGUUUAAGGCAGGCCGGAUUGUCUUAUUUUGGAACCAGCUUAGUGGGGGGCUUUCUUUGCUGCAGCUUCAGAGCACCAAGCUUCAAAGGCUGAAAUUAAUGGCGAACAAAAUUGUGCAGCUCUGUCCAUCCCAUGCGGGGCAAACCCGUUGAGAGGUAUCAUUAAGUUGAGGAAUAAUAUAGGGAAAAAAAGGAGAAGAAGAAAAAAAAUCCUGACAGUAUGAGAAACCUCAUCAGAUAAUGACCUCGGUGAUUGGUUUUUCAUUACCUUACAGCAUUGAGAGAUUGUCUGCCCCAUAAAGAAAAAAAUGGCUUUUUGUGUGUGUGUGUGCAUGCGAGAGUAUGCGAGUGUGUGUGCAUGCUGUACUUUUUUCUCUCUCAACCUGUCAGAUCAUUUCAGUAUUUCAAAUCCAAGGAAAACAGCGUGGCUGCUGCUGUAUUUGAAGUUGUAAUGGUGUCAAAAAGUCACGACUGACUGACAGCCGUCAGUCCCAGAGGAGCUCAUUAAAUCAUAAAAACUUGACAAGGAAAUAAUUGAGCAUCACCGACAACUUGGCGCCCGUUUAGAUGUUUUUAUUUUCUUUCAUUAUUAGUCCCCGCUAUUAUGUUCAUUAAGAAAUUGCAUUAAACAACUGUUAGGGGGGCUAAUGAUUUGUUUAUAUCCCCUUUUUUAUUAUUUAAACAUUAGCUGUGUCAUGUGGUACCUUGGCAGACUCUCACUAUCAUCUGGUUGAAUUUUUUUUCUCCCUCUUGGAGCUGCGGGUGCCUUUGGAAUAUGAAAUAGAUUAUUCAUUACCCUCCUCCUUGCGACUGAUUUGGUUUCAUGUAGCGUCUUCCAUGGAGAAAGAUGAAAACUUGUCAAAAAUAGGUUAUAUCUUAUUCUAAGGGGCAACAAUAGCAGCAGGUACAGACACACUUUAAUAUUUAAUUAAGCUUGAUGUUAACCCCUAUAAGUGACUUUAGCUGUGAGUAACAUACAAGUGCAGGAGAGGAAAUAAUUACUCUUAAUUUGCAAGCUGGACCACAAGCAAUCUUCCCUGUAAUCCAACUGAAUGUAUGGUAUGUGUCACCAGAUAAUAAAUUAUCACAGGAUUAAAAAUUAAGACCUUGAUUUAUUUGCACUAUUAUCGAUAAUGUGUUGCUGAUCAUAGCCUAAACUAAGCUUUCUUCCUCUUCUAACAUAAAUGGAGAAAUCUAAAAAAAAUAUAGCAGGAGAUUAUUAUGCUAGCAAGCAGUGGUAGUGUACUGAUAUGAUUAUUAGACAUAAUGUAGUUUUGUUGCCGGUUCUCACUGGUUCGCAGUGAGAAGAAAUCCUAGACAGGUAUUAACAUCUCUCAUGUUGCAAAACUUGAAUGUGACUUGACACGUUAGUCUAAAUUAAUAGUACAUUUUUAAAUGUUUGUGAAGAUGUACUAACUAACGCGCAUUAAGGUCCAGCACUCCAAAAGAAAAAAGCGCAAGUUUGUUUUUUCUGAAUUUACAGCAUCAUAUAGAAAAGUAGUGGUGGCGUUUUUUAAAAAAUCAAUUGAGGCCAUAACAAUACAAAACUGAGUGAAACCGUGAAUCGUUCAACAGCCAACCCCUACUGGCAUGAGUAAGUGUCCAUUAUUUGUUUACAAGCUGUCUACUUAGAAGUCUCCUCUUCCUAUGAGUGACGCACAUGUCCAGAAUGGACCUAAGUGAUGACGGUACUUGACGGUGCAGAUCAGUUUGCGUCUGCUGGCUUUCUUAUCCAGUUGACAGCAGUUGUGAGGUUCCCCGCAGUCUGAAGCUGGAGUAGAGUUCUUUUUGUACUCUGUACAUAAGGAAAGAGUUAAACAGGCUCUCUUUUCUCUCUUUGCUUAUUUUGCUCAUGAAAUUAUAAUAACUACCUGUCCUUUUGCAGAAGAUGUGUCUACAAAUAACCUAAAUGGUUUUCUGCUAAAAGUCAUGGAAAAAUUAAAAAUGCACCACAGUUAAAGUAAUUGAAAUGAAAUAAUCUACUGACUCAUCAAUAAUGUAUUGGGUAUUUUGUGUUGUUCUGUUCUGUUUUUUUUCCAGUUUUAACAAUCCAUGUAACACUUCUGCUCUCUUGUGUUUAUAAUUUUAACCAUAUUCAGUACAUGCAAUUCCCAUUCUAGACUGUUUUACUUUUAGUCAUGAAUAUACUAGAUCUGUGGAAUGCGUAUGUUGUACAGUGCUGUCAUUAAAAGCUGUAUUGUGUUAAGUAAAAGACAA